CCCACGUGAACCCUUGCGUCAUUUACUGUCUGUUUAUUUAUUCCUCUGGCCCUGCACGUCUGCGCUGGUGACCGGGAUAGAGCUGCAAACACUUACUGCCACGCCUUUGAGCCUCUUGUCUGCUGCAGCAAAAGAAAGAAAAUAAACAUUAUGCCGACUGACCCUCUUGUAUCGACCGGCCGUGGCGGAGCUGGCAAUAUCGGGAAGUCGGAUGGCACAGAGUACGCAGAUGGUUCGAUUGUCCGCGAGAACAUCAGCGAUACUAUUACCGAGCCUCAUUCUGGCGGCAGAGGCGGCUUCGGAAACAUACACACCCCGACCAAAGGCACGCCCAAGCUAGGCGCAACACAGCGAGAUGACGCGGAGAUAGUGCCGGAGACAGCACUCAAGCACGGAGAAUACGAAAACUAUCAUACGGGGCGUGGUGGAGAAGGCAACGUACACAAGGAGAAAUACGGCGGACAUAGUCAGGCUCAGAAGGAGCACAAGACGACGGAGGAGGGCAAGUCGAGCAUUGCGGACAAGGUCAAGCACGCGCUGCACUUGGACAAGGACAAGAAGUCUGGAGCAUGAGUGUGCGGGUGUAGUUUGUUGAUACUGUCAUCUGGAAGGGAGUAUUCAUUUGCGGACUGUCAUUAGGGAGAUACCAGGACGGGAUAAUAGGAUGCGUGUUGUUGAUUUCCAUACUUGACACCGUGCUUCACGAGAGAUGCUUCAAGGACGGGGUGCAGAGACCCGGAUUACGGAACAGUGGUUUCAUGAGAGUAUGUGUUAUGAGGAAAAAGAGGAU